CUGAAUAGGCUAUACUUUCAAAUUUAAGUUGGAUUUUUAAGCGAAAGAGUCAGGAUUUUUGCUCGUUAUUUUCAAUAUUGUUUAACAAUGCAGGCGAUCAAGUGUGUUGUGGUUGGAGAUGGAGCUGUUGGUAAAACCUGUUUGCUGAUCAGCUACACAACCAAUGCUUUCCCUGGAGAAUAUAUUCCCACUGUGUUUGAUAACUACUCCGCUAAUGUCAUGGUAGACGGCCGAAUGAUAAACCUAGGACUCUGGGAUACAGCAGGACAGGAGGAUUAUGACAGACUCCGGCCCCUCUCGUACCCACAGACGGAUGUUUUUCUCAUCUGCUUCUCAUUGGUUUCUCCAACCUCGCUUCAAAACGUUGGGGCAAAGUGGUUUCCUGAAAUUUCCCAUCAUGCCCCGGGAACUGCGAUUGUUUUAGUGGGGACCAAGUGUGAUUUACGAGAAGACCCGGAAACACUGAAAGCAUUGGCAGAGAAAAACCUUACUCCUGUUACGACCUCACAAGGUCUACAAAUGGCGAAAGAAUUGAACGCAGUUAAGUUUUUGGAGUGCUCUGCCUUGACACAAAAGGGUGUAAAAGCUGUGUUCGAAGAAGCAAUUCGUGCUGUUAUAUCUCCAACAAAACAGGCUGCAAAGAAAAAGAAGCAGAAGUCUUGUCGACUCUAUUGAAAAAUAUCUUUCAGACCAUCGUUUGCAUUUAAUAUACUGAGAGUUAAUUCAAUUUAAUGUGACACGUGUCUGGCGGAUUUCGCUUUUCCGUUCUUGUUUGUUUGAUUCGACAUGUUGGGUUCUGGAAUAUGAAAAAUUUCUAUUUUAA